UGAACAAAUGUCUCCAUCAUGUCAAUGAUAGCCCUGAGAUCCCAGGGCCGGUCCCUCUUCCAGCGCCCAUUCGAUGUGUGCCGCGCGGGCUCGCACCCGAGAUGGUGCUCGUCCGCAAAGAGCAGCGGCAACAGCAGCGGCUUCCAGGCGCUGAGGAAGAAGCUCCCGCCCCUGGCCGACAAGAAGCUCCACGGGCUGCCCGAUAAACCGGCCAGAACGCGGUUCGCCCCCUCGCCCACGGGAUAUCUCCAUCUGGGAUCGUUGAGGACCGCGCUUUUCAACUGGCUCAUUGCCCGUGCCACUGGCGGUCAGUUCAUUAUCCGAGUUGAAGAUACGGACCGGACUCGCAUCGUCGAUGAUGCCGUCCAGCGUCUCCUAGCAGACCUGAAAUGGGCGGAGCUAAACUGGGACGAAGGCCCAGACAUCGGGGGACCAUACGGACCUUACGAACAAUCAAAACGCCUGGACUACUACAAAAAGUACAUCGCCGACCUCCUGGAUGCGGGCAAAGCCUACCGCUGUUUCUGCACGGCGCACGACCUCGAGCGUCACAAGCAGCAGUCCCUCGACGAGGGCGGCUCGGCGCAUUACCCGGGCACCUGCCGGAGCCUGCCGGCGUCCCAGGCCGAUCGGCGCGCCGCCAACGGCGAGACGCACGUCGUGCGCUUCCGCAGCGAGGGCCGCCCUUCCUUCGUGGACAAGGUGUACGGCAACUACCAGAAGAAUGAGGACGAAGACGACUUCAUCCUCAUCAAGAGCGACGGGUACCCGACGUACCACUUUGCCAAUGUCGUCGACGAUCACCUCAUGGAGAUCACCCAUGUCAUCCGCGGUGCUGAAUGGCUCAUAUCCACGCCAAAGCACAUCGCCCUCUACGACGCCUUCAAAUGGGAACCCCCGACGUUCGCCCACGCCGGCCUCUUAUGCGCCCAGAACGGCGAGAAACUCAGCAAGCGCAACCACGACAUUGACAUCUCCUCGUACCGCGACAAGGGUAUUCUCCCCUCUGCCCUUAACAACUGGCUCGCGCUGCUGGGCUGGAGCAUGAACGAGAAGGACCUCGCAAAGGGGGGCGAGGUGUUCUACACCACGAGCGAUCUGGCUGAGAAGUUCUCCCUGAGAUUCACAAAAGGCAACAUCAAGACCAACCCAGACAAACUCGCCGUCUUCCAACGCAAACACCUAACCUACCGCCUCCGCGAAGAGAACCCCGACGAAGAGCUCCUCCAACAGGCCCUCCUCCCGCCAACAACCAAGCUCCUCGCACACAUCUCAUCUCUCCUCCAGCCUUCACCUCCCCCUUCCACCGAGACCGAGGCGCAUCCACCUCCUCCUUCUCCAUCUACCACAAACACAGUCCUCACCUCCCCAACAAACCAAAAACACUUCUUCCUAACCAAAGACUUCACAGCCCUAACCCCCCUCCUCGCCUCCCCCUCAACAUCCCCAUCCCACCUCCUCCAAAUCUACCGCACCCUAGCCCUCGACUCCCCCAUAGACCCCCUCGACCUCAUCCACGAACACCCCUCCCUCUUCCUCCGCCCCUCCCCGCAAUCCUACGCCCACUCCCUCGAGAACCUCUCCCUCCCCGACACCACCGCCUCCCCGCACGCCCUCCUCCAAGACCUCCACGCCUCCCUCCGCGAAGUCCACGAGCUCGACUGGCACUCCGAACGCCUCCAGUCCGCCAUCAACGACUUCGCGAGCCGCAACGCCGAUUCCGUCGACCCCGAGAAGCCAGCAAAGGCUGUGAAUAAGGCUACCUACGCGCUGCUGCGUCUCGUGCUCACGGGCGAUCAUAACCGCGGCGCGAAGCCUGCUAAGCUGCAGCUUGCGCUCCUGGGCCGGGCUGAGACCAUGGCGAGGUUCGAGCUCUGCCUUGAGCAGUGAGGAGCAUAAUAGUAGGUAGUCGAAGAAUCGAGGGAUGGGAAUUCCCCCUUAGGGCAAGCAAACUAGGCAAAUACCAGCAUCGGAGAGAUUUCUCCAUUUCUCUCCAUGCUGGACCUGACUGUAGGCAGCAAAGAAAAACCUUUGACUUUCUCUGCCAGUGUAGGAGGACAAGAAAGCGCUUCGAUUGUGGGGGAGGAGAGUCUGGGGGUGUUGGUCAUUGCGCGCGCGGGGAAGCUUUAAACCAAGCAAAUCUACGACUCUGAUGUGAGGUGGUUUUGUACGAUAUACCUAGGUUGUGUGUGUGGAUAGACUGUGUGUGUGUACUGCGGCUGUUUCGUCUGGAAGUAAUAUUUUCUGCCCAUCCCAGGCUUUGAAUCGAGAAAAGAAAAGAUUACCAUGCUUGCUGAUGGUCGUC